AUGGUGAAUGGGAAACUGCCAAGUCUUAUUGCCGGGCUCUUGGAUCGAACCUGGGAGCCUCUACUGAAAGUGUGCCUGGUAUUUCUCAAGAAGCUAUCUGUCUUCCGGGAGGCUAAGGACCAGAUGGUGGAAGCUGGAGUCCUCUAUAAUCUAUCCUUCGACCCAAUUGUGCGUAACUCACUAUCGGAAAGUGGCGUUAUGAUGGCCUUGGUUGGUAUCUUGAGAGAGCAGCCAAGCUGCCGACAGCUGGUCCUCAGGCUUCUAUAUCAUUUGUCCUUCGAUGAUCGUUGCAAGUCCGAGCUUUGCUUUUGUGAGGACUUCAUACCGAUGCUGCUACAGCUGGUUGUGCAAUCUCCCGAACCUAGAGUGGGGGUGGACCUCAUGGCUGUACAUAGGGCUAUCAAGUACAGCGAUGCCCUUGUGUUGAAGGUAAUGCGAAAUGCGAGCAGUCAUGGAAGGGAUCUGCAGGAGCUUUUCUGUGAAGUGCUGAGCAACUCUGCGUUAUCGCACUGGACGGUCGAGCUUGUUCGCUUGGCUCGUCGCUGUAGUAACGGUAAGAGUAGUGGACAAGACAGGAGGGACGGAGGGGCGGACGUAUUGGGGUUACUAGCCAACUUCACAACAUCGGGUACCGGGAUAGACUGGGCGGAGCUCUGCUCGAUAGAUGACAACGGCUUCCUGUUGGACCUCUUGACAGAUCAGCUCAUGCCGGGCUUCACGGGGGAUGAUGUCCUCCUAGAGAGUGUCAUGGUCGUUGGAGUGAUAGCCUCCUGUCCGGACCCCGAGGUGGGGGGACGACUAUGUGAUAACCCACUUCUGAUAAGGCGUCUUAUAGACUUGCUCACUGCUAAGCAGGAGGACGAUGAUAUUGUUCUACAAUUGCUUUGGACAUUUUCUAUGCUGUUGACGAAUUCUGAGGUUUCCGAGAUGGUCCUCGAAACUGAAGAUGGUCAAGUGGUGCACUAUAUGCUCGAGUUGGUGCACGACACUAACCCUAUGAUAGCGAGGCAGGCAUCGAUAGCUCUAGGCAUUGUAGCUGAGUUGGAAAUGAAACGAAUGAAACGGACUUGUGCUGAAGAUGUUCGUGCGGCCAGCAGCUUGUUCGGCAAGGUUCGACAAGCGCGCUUUGAGGCGCAUAAUCAGAGGUGGAUGGCCGAGGUUGAUGGUGGUGAAGAGUCCGCUGACAGUGGAACUGAUUAUUCUGGAGAGGGAAUAAGUCGGCCUCUCGAGAAUGAUAAUAUUUUGGUUGUUAUGGCAGUCUCCACUGGAAGCGACGAAAGGGAUAUGUAUUUCAUGCGCCACAACUUGGCCUUCGCGGAUACUUUGAAUGAUCGUUGA